UGCAGUCUGGUGAAGCGACAGACAGAAAACGCUUCUCAGAGUAGAGGGGAGCUCAGCAGCGACUACAACUCUGUGUCCACUGUGUAACACUACCCAGAGGACUGAUUCCUCCUCACACACCUGGACCAGCUAGCAGCUUUGCUAUCCAGCUAAUUCAGGCUGUCAAAACAACAGAGAGAAGAAGAAGCAUAAUCUGCUAGCACAGGACUACUCUCUUUACAAGGCAUUAUCACCGACGUGAAAGGAGUGUUUGGUUUCGUCCCAUUCAAUUCCUGAAGAUUUAAGACCAGUCCAAAGACAUCAGCCCCCUUACUGGAGUCCAGUUUAACCAGGUUUGGUCUCCAUCUUCAAUCCACUUCCUCCUCUAAGUCUUCUGCCUGCAGACGUCGGUCCAGCGCACCAAGCUGGACGGAGGAGAGACGAGCACGGCCGAGGGCCCGGCCUUCGUGCUGAGACACAGAACUUCCAACCUCAUCGAACACACCACAGAUGGCGCGCCUACAGAUCCCAUGAGUCCCCGGGAGAAAGACGACACGCCCACCUCAGGUUCUUCAACUAGUCACCUCAGCAGCUCAGAGUGCCCGUCACACAAUGGAAGAGUCCCAGAGUGUGAAGAGGACAGAAGAAAAAAUGAAGAGGACAACAGAGGAGGAGAGGAGAAGGAGGAGGAGGAGGAAGAGGAGGAGGAGGAGAGGGGCAGCGAUGAAGGUUUCAUGGGGAUGACACCGCUUCUGCAGGCUCACCACGCCAUGGAGAGGAUGGAGGAGUUUGUACACAAGGUGUGGGAGGGCAGGUGGCGAGUCAUACCUCACGACGUCCUCCCAGAUUGGCUGAAGGACAACGACUUCCUGCUUCAUGGCCACAGGCCGCCUAUGCCUUCUUUCCGAGCCUGCUUCAAGAGCAUCUUCAGAAUCCACACAGAGACGGGAAAUAUCUGGACACACCUGCUAGGCUGUUUGUUUUUCCUCUGUCUGGGUCUCAUGUACAUGUUCAGGCCCAACAUGUCAUUCGUGGCUCCAGUCCAGGAGAAGGUGGUGAUCGGGAUGUUUUUCCUGGGAGCCAUCCUCUGCCUCUCCUUCUCCUGGCUCUUCCACACAGUCUACUGUCACUCUGAAGGCGUCUCCAGAGUCUUCUCCAAGUUGGACUACAGUGGAAUUGCCUUCCUGAUCAUGGGCUCCUUUGUCCCCUGGUUGUACUACUCCUUCUACUGCUCCCCUCAGCCCCGCUUCAUCUACCUGAUAGUGGUGUGUGUUCUAGGAUUGGCUGCUAUCACUGUUUCCCAGUGUGACUUCUUCGCCACGCCCCAGUACAGAGGAGUGAGAGCAGGAGUAUUUGUGGGUCUGGGUCUAAGCGGCGUCGUUCCCACCCUGCACUUUGUCAUCAGUGAGGGUCUGAUCAAAGCCACCACCAUUGGUCAGAUGGGCUGGCUGCUCCUCAUGGCAACACUCUACAUCACAGGAGCCUGUUUGUACGCUGCUCGCAUCCCUGAGAGGUUCUUCCCCGGCAAAUGUGACAUCUGGUUCCACUCACACCAGCUGUUCCACAUCUUGGUGGUCGCGGGAGCUUUCGUUCAUUUCCACGGGGUCUCCAACCUGCAGGAGUUUCGCUACACGGUGGGAGCGGGCUGCACAGAGGACGGCGCUCUCUAACAACCCUCCUCCCCACACACACACUGACAUGCUGACUCACACUUAGUCACACUACGGGGAGGCACUGGUUCUGGUAAUAUGCACAGAAGUAGAAACACACAUGCAAAUAAAAACGCUCUCUCCCUAGACUCAAGGCCCAAGCGGCUUGUCUGGUGUGAGUCAUUGUGUGUAAUACACCGGACAGCCUGCCAGAGGGCGCCAUUAAUACUGACUGACAAGGGGUUUUUGUUCUCUUUCUGUCCCUCCGUCUGUCUGUCUGUCUGUCCAACCCCACCUCUUCUGUUGCUUCACUUCAAAGACAGUGCAUUUUAUAAACCAGUUUCUGAGACUCUGCUCUUUCCAGAGAGUAUCUCCGUUUGUUUGAAAAAGGGGGUUGAGGCAUUCAACGCCUCCACACAAAAAUCCUGAAUUUUCUUCUGUGUUGAGUUCUGAUGUGUAAGAGUUUAAUGGUUUGAUUUGAAAAGGAAGAAUGAUUGUGGCUUUAAGAAAAAAACAUUUUGGGGUGUUUUUUUUGCUGUUUUUUCAGGUUUAGAGCUUUCGAUUAUGAAAAAAAGAAAUGGAGUCUUUGGAUUUGUUCCAUGAUUGUGAAGGUAGCAGGGGGAGAUUCUGGGAACCGGGGCGGUUAAGGGAGGUAAUAGUCACUUUUAAAAGUAAAAAAAAAACAAAAAAACUUUUUCCAUGUAAAUAAGAUUUCUAAAUUUUGGGUUAUAGAUUUGUAUGAAAUAUAUAUAAAAAGAACAAAAAAAUAUGAAAUGAUGGUGAGCAUAAAUAGAUAUGUUAGAAGAUAAAUCAGUUCAAGAGGAGGAGGGAGAGGUGUUUUAUUCACACUUGCUCAAGCGGAGGUGCAGUGAAAAUACUUAAAGGCUGAGGUUGGAGGAAAGUGCUUCAAACAACUUCAUGUAGUCCAUUUUUUUAUGCAAAGAUGAGAGGAGGAGAAGGAGGAAAGGGGAAAAAGGCACAACAUCUGAAUCUUAUCCAACAAACAGCAACUUCAAGACUUACUGGUAUUUGUCCUUUAAGUUACGUUUCUGACCUCGACAAACAAUGAAGACUUUCCUUUACUCAGUUAUUUUGAACUGAUCUUAAAGAAGAACACAUUUGUGCUUGAAACCAAAAGUCAAAACCAUGUUUCAUAAAAGAGUCAUGGAGAUGUGUAGCCACUUUUAUUUUAUAAAUUGUCUAAUAAAUCUAAAAGAAAAAAGAUCAUUUCUGUGUCAACAACUCAAGUUUCUUUGACAAACCUUUAAAUACAAUUUUAAACACGUCAAGAAGAACUUGAAGAUAUUUUAUAAUUAAGGCCCCAGAGUCAUAUUUGUAUGUGUCCUGUUGGUAAAACUGCUGCAGUGUUACUACAGUAAAGAUGCAUUUGAUUGUUGUCUUCCUCCGCUGUGUCCCUUAAUAAGAUUCACCUCCUCAAAAACAACAACGUGUCUGUUCAUGUGUCUCUUUUUGAUUGGAUUGCAUUUUACUUUAUCCACUGUUUCUUUUGGUAUUAUUAUUAUUAUUAUUAUUAUUACUACAAGCUUUAAUUUCUUUUGUUUCUUUUCUAUUAUCUUUGAUUUCUCUCAGAUCAUCAAAAUAGCAAAAAAAAAAGUCUCCUCUCAAGAUCUGAUCAAGUUUAAUAUCGAGACUUUUUGAUUAUUCAAACUUUUUAAAAAAUGUUUCAUGGCAAUACCAAAAUCUCUCACCUGCAGAAUGGAAACAUUAAACGCAGAUCUGACCAUAAACUGUUUGAAAUUUGGAUUUGCAAGUUUCCAUUCGUUGGCAGCUUUAUCAGGGCUGAACGUUGUUUUUGCUUUUGGAGUGAUUGGCGUCUCUUCUUUGCAUCUUGGUUUUUCUUUUCUUCAUUUUCUGUUUUUGUUUUAUCUAAUUUAUUUCUCUUGGGGAGCGCAUACCGUCUGUUGAAGCACAUGUUCCGUUGUGAUGGGAGUGUUUGAUUGCAAUAGACCUUUAUAUCUGCUGUAUUGUUCUAAUAAAAAAGGUUUUUGAAUCUGA